AUGAAAUUCGCAAUUCGCCCGUCGUCAGUACGCUGGUGGCUGGCUGAAGCGGCGUCCGUCGCUCAGCACCGCCAAUCUCCCGCUGGCAUGCCGCCAGAACCGCAGAUUAAACUUAAAACUGUUACAUCGCAGCCACCUCGGCGACGCGAGUCAUGGCUGGAGUACCCGUCGUCGCGCCUCCACCAGCUCCUGCGCAGCGCCUGCCGCGCGCCCUCCAGGCCUUCAGUCAUCACAGACGGCGGCGGCGCGGGCGGCGCGGGCGGCGCGGGUCGCGCGGGGAGGGCGGCGGGCGGCGCGCCGCCAUUGGUCCGGCGCGCGCUCCGCCCCCGCCCGCGUCUAAAAAAAUCCUCGGGAAAAAAGCGGGUGUCGCGCGUCAGUGUCUCACGGACGCGCUCGUGGGCGGACGCUCGCAGCGGAGAGACGGCGCGACCCAGUACCGGCGGCCGCGGCCGCGCCAUGCCCGCGCUGGCCCUGCGCGACCAGCCGCUCGACUGCUCCAUGCGCCUGCGCGACCUGCCCGCCUGGCCGCCGCCGCGCCCGCACAACCACGGUCAGUAG